AUGCGUACCCAAGUUGCCGUUGUCGGCCUUCUGGCCGCCGGAGCCACUGCUCUGAACAUCCCUCGUGGUGAAGAGAACGGUCAAGGCGGCGGCGGCGGCCACCACGACCACGAUCACGAACACUGGUCGACCUCAACCUCUUGCUCGACCUCGUCCACUUCAUCUUACCCCUGGCACAGCUGGUGGUCGUCCAGCACCACCACAACUGGCACUACCAGUGGCACGACAAGCAGCACGACCGCCAGCACGACCAGCAGCACUACCGCCAGCACCACUAGCAGCACUACCAAGAGCACCACCAGCUGUACUACAUCGAGCAGCACCACGAGCGCUACCACGGCCACAACAACCUGCAAGCCAGAGACCGUCACGUGCUACUACACUACCACGGUCUGGAAGGAAAAGGAAUGCCCUACUCAUGGCUGGGGCAAGUCCUCCACCACCGAAGCGUGGACUACCGGCAAGCACGAGCACGAGAAGACCACCAAGAAGGAGCAUCACGGCAAGCCUGAGCCCACUACCACCAAGAAGGAGCACCAUGGCAAGCCUGAGCCCACCACCACCAAGAAGGAGCACCAUGGCAAGCCUGAGCCCACCACCACCAAGAAGGAGGAGUACCACGGCAAGCCCGUGCCCCCCAAGGACGGCCAUGAGCACGACGGCAAGCCAUGGCUUAAUCCUCCUCAGUGA